UUCCGCAUCACUCACUGCAAGCAUGCAAUAGUGACUUGAUCGGUGCGUAAUGGUUUGUUAGAGCUCUAAAGGACAUUAAAGAAGCGUCGAAGAGAUCACCUGAUACUACAACCCAAGACCACAACGUCAUUCGUAGUUUAAUCGACUUUUUUUCCCCCUUCCGUGUCGGGACAGGACAGCAUGACUUGAUGUUAAAUGCAAAAUCCAUGAUCGGAACAUCUGGACCGCAUCGAUUCGGAGUGUUUCGGAGUUGUCACUGAAUACAGUGUUUCUGAUGGGCUGCUGGAGGAAAAAAAAUGCAGAUCAGCUACUUUUAUCUUUCAAACACAAUACAGUGCCUUUUGGGAAUAUUUUAACACCAAUAUCUUCAAUUUAAAUGAGUUUUUCCUUUUGUUUCAGACAGAAGGCGGGUUAGAGACUUGACACUGAGGACGAGGAAGUUGGCGAGGCAGGGCUAGUCUAAAGUGUGCUCUGGGCACAUGCCAACCUGCAUUAUACUUCAGUUUAAUCAAAUGGGCUUUAUUGGCGUGAUGAUAAAAGCAUUUGAAAGGACUGCAAAAAAUGAGAUUUGAACAGACGGGGCCAAAUGUUGAAAUAAGUGAAAAUUAAAGUGUAUUACUUUAGGACAUGUCUCUUCUUGAACGCACAACAUUUAUGGGGCUCAAGAUGUUCAUCAUGGUCUUAGUGCUCUUGGUGGGCAGCUUGAUGCCCCUUGGAGCGGCCGCCAGCUCUCCGGAGAUGGGCACCGGCCAUGGAGAUCACAAAGACACGUCCACUAACCACACCAAGAAAUCUUUCCCGGUUCUGUCUUUUGAUUAUGGACACGUCCGUCUCCCCUUUGAGAUAUCAUUAUGGGUGCUGCUGGCUUCCUUAAUGAAAUUGGGGUUCCAUUUGAUUCCACGGGUGUCCAGUAUCGUUCCGGAGAGCUGUUUGCUCAUCGUGGUGGGCCUGUUGAUUGGCGGUCUUAUGAAGUUGGUGGGUGAUGUCCCAAUAGUGCUGAAAUCCGAGAUCUUUUUCUUCUAUCUCUUGCCUCCCAUCAUCCUGGACGCCGGCUACUUCCUGCCCAUACGGCCGUUCACGGAGAACCUGGGCACCAUCCUCAUGUUCGCAGUGGUGGGAACGCUGUGGAACGCCUUUUUCAUUGGUGGUCUUCUGUACGGGGUGUGCCAGCUUGAGGGCGUUCACCUGGUGCAAGUGGACCUCCUGUCUUGCCUGCUGUUUGGGUCCAUCGUCUCAGCUGUCGACCCGGUGGCCGUUCUGGCAGUGUUUGAAGAGAUCCACAUCAACGAAUUGCUCCACAUUCUGGUGUUUGGAGAGUCACUACUCAAUGACGCAGUCACUGUGGUUCUCUAUCAUCUGUUCGAGGAGUUCAGAAGUGUGCCUUCCAUCACUUUCAUUGAUGGGUUACUGGGAAUCGCAUGUUUCCUGGUCGUGUCGUUGGGCGGUAUCAUUGUGGGCGCCAUCUACGGCAUUCUGGCAGCAUUCACGUCACGGUUCACCUCGCACACGCGCGUCAUCGAGCCUCUGUUCGUCUUCGUCUACAGCUACAUGGCGUACCUGUCAGCAGAGGUGUUCCACCUGUCUGGUAUCAUGGCUUUGAUCGCAUGUGGUGCUGUCAUGCGUCCGUAUGUGGAGGCCAACAUCUCACAUAAGUCCCACACCACCAUCAAGUACUUCCUGAAGAUGUGGAGCAGCGUGAGCGACACGCUCAUCUUCAUAUUCCUGGGUGUGUCGACGGUGGCCGGGGAGCACCAGUGGAAUUGGACUUUUGUCGUCAUGACCGUCAUUCUUUGCUUAGUCUCCCGUGUUCUGGGUGUCAUCGGCUUGACCUUCAUCAUCAACAAGUUCCGUAUCAUGAAACUGACCACUAAGGACCAGUUUAUCAUAGCAUACGGUGGUUUGAGAGGAGCGAUCGCCUUCUCCCUGUGCUACCUCCUCGACCCUCAUCUCUUUCCCAAGAAAAAUAUGUUCCUUACUGCCAUCAUCACCGUCAUCUUCUUCACUGUGUUUGUGCAGGGUAUGACCAUCAGACCUUUGGUUGACCUCCUGGCUGUCAAGAAGAAACAGGAAACAAAGCGAUCUAUUAAUGAAGAGAUUCAUACACAGUUUUUGGACCACCUGCUAACAGGCAUCGAGGAUGUAUGUGGACAUUAUGGACAUCAUCACUGGAAGGACAAGUUGAACCGCUUCAAUAAGAAGUACGUGAAGAAGUGUCUGAUAGUGGGCGAGCGCUCCAAAGAACCACAGCUGAUUGCCUUCUACCAUAAGAUGGAGAUGAAGCAGGCCAUCGAGCUGGUGGAGAGUGGUGGGGGUUCUAAACUUCCCUCUGCCAUGCCAUCCACAGUCUCCAUGCAAAACAUCCAACCCAAGAAGCCUCCUCAGUUGAGAGCUCUACCUCAACUCUCUAAAGCUCGUGAGGAGGAGAUCAGGAACAUCCUGCGCACAAACCUACAGAGAACACGCCAGAGACUGCGCUCUUAUAAUAGACACACUCUGGUGGCUGAUCCGUACGAGGACGGCUGGGACGAGAUCCUCAUGAAACGCAGGAAAAUGAAGGAGAUGGGGAAGAAGAUAUCACAGAUGAACAAUUACCUCACUGUUCCAGCUCCGCCCCCUGAUUCACCGACCGUUGCACGAGCGCGACUGGCUUCUGACCCUCAAGCGUGGGGCAUUGAGCCUGUCAAAGAGAGCAUCCCCACGAUUAAAGUGGAUCUCGCCUCACCUCAGAGCCCAGAGUCCGUCAGCGUGGUGGAUGAACUGGGCAAGAAGAGUAGCCAGCAGAAGGACUGCGAGGAAGAGAGUGGUCUGAUGAUGAAACCGCCCCCUCUUGUGGAGAGAAAAGACGAGACAGGUGAAGACGACGACGAUGGUAAAGAGCCAAAACAACUCAUGCGCUGUCUGAGUGACCCGGGCCCCAGCGCCGAAGAGGAGGAUGAGCCCUUCAUCUUUUGAGAAAGCGAAUGAACGAAUGAACCCCGACUGCCUGCUUGAGGACAGAGGAGACGGUACUGUGUUUGCACCCCUCUGGACCUGUAAAUCACAGAGGAUUCUUAAACCGCUCUAAAAUGGAGGACAGAUUUAUUCUGCAGGACGGCAAAAACGAGAACGUCAGGAAAACAAAACUGUCGAUGAACCAUAAUAAAGAAAAUGAAAAGAACUCAGAAAAGCAAUUUUAUUGCAUUGUCAUUGUCCUUUUCAUUUUAAACUAAAAAUGAAAAUUCUGUCAUUAUUUACUCACCCUCAUGUCGUUUCAUAUGCUGUUUUUUGGGGGGUUUGUUUGAUACUUUUUGAAGAAUAUUUGCGCUGCUCUCUUCCAUACAGCAACGGUUUAUAGUAACCACAUCUGUCAAGCCCUAAAAAGUACAAAACUACUCAAAAAGUACCAUUAAAACUCCAUAUAACGUGUGCGGCAUAUUCCAACAAAGCACUGCGGUCGUUUUUUGUGACGAACAGGCUGAAAUGUAUUCAGUGAUUUUUAAUGUGUUAGUCACGUACUGUAUAUUGAAAUUCAUGUGUAGUGUUUGGCUACAACACGAAAAAAAAAAAAAUGACAAAACUAGUAUAAAAGUACCAUGAAUUUCAAUACGAUGUGUGCGCAUUAUUGCGAGUUUUCUUACGAAGCCUUACGAUAGUUUUGUGUCAAGAACAGGCUGAAAUUGAAGUCGUUAUUCAGUGAUAUUCAUGCACUUAUGUGACGUAUAUUCGAACUUUUGUGUCGCCUUUAGCUGACACGCAAGAAAAAAAAUACAAAACCACUAUAAAAGUACCAUAAAACUCCGUACAACGUGCGCGGCAUAUUCCGACCAAGCAUCGCAGUAGUUUUGUGUGCGGAACAGAUAGAAAUUUAGGUAGCUAUUCAGUGAUGUUCACGUGCUAAUCGCGUAUAUUUAAAUUCGUGUGUCGCAUUUGGCUACUACACACAAUAAAUAAUGACAAAACCACUAUAAAAGUACCAUAACACUCCAUUUAAAGUAUAAGCAAUAUUCCGAGUCUUUUUACGAAGCCUUGCGAUAGUUUUUGUGAAAAUGCUGAAAUUUAGGUAGUUAUUCAGUGAUUUCCACCAUUGGCGUCGCCAGGUCAUUUUUCCGGGGCUUCAGCCCCGAAUGUAAUUUUAAAUGUAGCCUACGCAAUAAUAUUGCUACAUUUUGUUUGAAGUUCAUGUGACGUGACACCCCCCCCCCCUCCCCCGCUCCCGCUAAGCCCUGAACCUCCUCAAGUCCUAGAAACGGCCCUUAUUUCCACGGGCUAUUCGCAUUUGGCAACUACACACAAGAAAUAAUUACAAAACCAAUGUAAAUGUGUCAUAACACUCCAUACAACGUGUGCGCCAUAUUCCGAGUUUUCUUGCAAAGCCUUAAGAUCGUUUUGUUUGAGGAAUAGACUGAAAUUUAGGUCGUUAUUUAGUUAAAUUCGGGCGUCGGUUGCGCAUAUUUGUACUUGUAUGUCGCAUUUGCCAACGACACGCUAAAAAAUAAUUACAAAACCAUAGAAGUACCACAACACUCCAUACAGCGAGUGCACCAUAUUCCGAAUCUUCUUACGAAGCCUUAAGAUAGUUUUGUUUGAGGAAUAGACUGAAGAUUUUCAGUGAUGUGAACUACUUUUUUAUACUUGCAUUUUGGAGGCUGUGUUGCAUGGAAAAGAGCUGCGUUAAGAUUCUGUAGAAUUCUCCUGUUCACAUUCAAAAUAGCAGCUUUUAAGUUUGGAAUGACAUGAAGGUGAGUAGAUGAUGACAACUAUUACUUUAAACUAAUGCCGUGUCCUAACCAGCUGCAACCACAUCGAGCAACGGGAUAUUUUGUCAGUCAGUUGGUUUCUAUAUUUCUGUCGUGUUGCACUUGGUUGCUCCACCCACUGUGCAAUCUCAUUGGUCCAAAAUCCUGCUCUGACAUGUAUGUUAAUUAUCAGAUAUGUUCUGAUUGGCUGUGAUUUUGUCAUGUUGCAUUUUCGAGUUUAGUGUGGACAGACAAAUUGCUUGUUGCUUCAUGCCUGGUUAGGACACAGUGUAAGUAAAUAUCGCCGUCUCUGCGUUUACCGUUGAAUAAAUCGAAUUUAAAAUGAGGGGAACCGAUCUAUGCAUUACCAAAGGACAGCACUGUUUAGUCUCAUGCUAUAUUCCGGUUAAAUGCUUUCCUUUGUACUUUUGUUGCUUUUAAAACAUUGAUGUAUUUGAUUCAGUUUGUGCACAUGAAUUGCCUUUUGUUUGUUUUUGAGUUGCGCAGGUAUCACUAUUCAUGUUUUACCUCUAGAGGUUUUACAGAUGUUUAUCAGGAGCAAUACGAAAACGGUCACAUUACUUACUUUCUUAUAUUUAUCAGUCAGACGGUGCGUAUUUACAGUGGCUUAUUGUUCUGUUGACAUGCGACCGGAACGCGUCUGGUUUCACACGUUAUUAUGACAUCAUCAGACAUAUGACAUUUCACACUGAAAACUUUACGACAAUGGAAGAAAUGUCACGCUGCGUUUGCAUCGCAUUAAUGUUGAAUUAACGAAAUAUUCAAUGUGACUGCAAAAAAAAAAAAAGAUUACGAUUUGCAAAUGUUUUGUCUUUUUUUAGCUAACUGGAUUUUGAAUUCCAAAAAUCACACCAAAAAUAGUAGUUCAUUUCAGCUAGUAAGGAAAUUCCAGCCAGACUGAACGACCAAGUUGUGAUUGUGUUUGCUUGUACUUUAUGAAAUAUCAAAGAUCAUUUUGUUACAAAAAAGAGCACUUUCAAGUGUUGACCACGUAGAAAAAUAUCUGGACUGUCAUAUCAGCAGACCUCCGUUUAAAGGGAGAGUUCUCUCAAAAUGUAAAAAUCUGUCAUUAUUUACCCACCCUCAUGACGUUUCAAACCCAUAUGCUGUUUUUUUCUCUUUCUCCAAGGAACACAAUAGCAGAACUUUAUAAAAACCAUCGUGUAGCCAAACAGUUUGUCCACACCACAGUUUGUUGCUGUCAAACUCUUAAAAAAAAUAAAUAAAAAAAUAAAAAAAGUUAAAGUAUCAAAAUAUGGAAGGCUGUUUCCACAAGAAAGAAGUGGUAAAAAAAAAAAAAAAAAAAGAAAUAAUAAUGAACACUGUUAAGACAUUGGAAAGUCAUAAUUAUGAGGGGGGGGAAAAGUCAAAAUUCUGAGAUGAGUCAUAAAUAUGAGAUGCUAAAUCACAAUUAUGAAACUGUAAUUAAAAAAUAACAAAUAUUAGAUUAGUGUCUCAUACAGUAAUUAUGACCUUUUCAUCUCUACUUUUUAAUAUUUUUGACUUUUUGUCUCAAUCUCAUAAUGUUGAUAUUUUUUUUAUAUCAUAUGUCAUAAAUAUGACUUUGAAUAUAAUAAUAAUGUAUUUUAUUUCAUUAAUAUGACACCUCAUAAUUAUGACUUACCGAAGCAAAAAAGAAAAAAAACAACCAAAAAUCAACAUGGCAGAAAUGAGCUUUUUUUAUGUUAUAGUAGUCCAUACAACUUAAGUCUUCUGACAACAUGCAGUAGCUCUGUGUGAGGCACAGACACAAAUUUUAGUCUUUAUGAACUGAAAAUCUCUACACUGCUAAAGUCGGAAAGAGAAGAUUUUAAGUGGCUGACAACUUACAGACUGUCUUACGCAAAGCUCUUCUAUAUUACAGAAUACUUGGAAAAUGUAUGUGAGGGUAAGUAAAUAAUGACAGUGUUUUUUGGUGAGAACUAUUCCUUUUGUACAUGCGGUUUGACACUGUCACAAAGCCCUUCACCAGGUAGCUCUAUAGCCAUACAUGAUUCUAUAUUUGGUGGUGCAAAUACCAGGGUAGUAGUGGUACACAGGGUUCGUGAAUUUGCAUUGCAUGACCCCAAAUUGUUUGAUUGUUUCCUGGAAGAACUAUGCAGUGUUGGAGUUAAAGAACAGGUCUUUACACCCCUAAAUUAAACAAUUCCCUUUAAAACUUUUGCACCAUAAGUAUAAUACACUGUCCUUUGAUUGUCCUCUGUUACAAGAGGACAUUUGGGCAUUAAGUUCAAGGCAUUGUCCUACUCUGUCAGUGCACUGCCUGUUUAAAAAAUACAUGGAAACAAAUACUUUAUUUUGCAUGCACAGAGAGUAGAUUAGACUUGUUAUAAUGUAAGAUGUGGUAAAAACGCAGUAUUUAUACAUUUCAUGUGAUCUCUAAAAAUCUGUUAAUGUAUGUAGUCUGCUUUGAAGUAUGACAGAGCUAUAACAAAUGAUUUUCCCACUUACAAACUUUCUGUGCUAGUUCUGGACAUGUGGAGUGCUUCUUUUGCCUUUGAAAAGAGAGGACAUCCUCUUCUUUGGCCUUAUUUUGCUUAAAAGAUGUGCAUACUUUACUGUAAAAAUCAUUUUAUUAAUCAGUGUUUUUUUUUUUUUUUGCUUUUGCUUUCUUGUAAAAAAUAUAUGGUAAAACUACAUAUGGCAGAUGCUUU